AUGGAAUAUCACAUGGAGUACUCGAACGACAAGUCGCACAAGCCGGAGAAGGAACUGUUCGUGGAGAAAUCGUUCGGCGGCAGAAAUGGCAAGGGGAGAAAGAGCCUCCUCGUGGUUCUGUCCGUGUCGGCCAUGUGCCUCCUAGCAGGAUCCGCUUUCUACUUUACCCGCACGGGGAAGGGGAAUGAUGGCCCCCUGUACGGGAACGCACUUGACGAGAGCAGCAGCGAUGAUUUCAUCAUCACCUCUCUGUUGAAAAGCCCCGGGGGGAAGAAAUUCAUCGUGUCGAAAUUGCAAGAGUUGAUAGCUUCGUACGAUGAGGAUGUCAACUCGGCUAAAGCUUCCCCUUCGAAGGAGGGACCAACUGGAGCGCAUAGCACAUCCGUUGCUACGGUCAGCAGACAGAAGCAGGGAAAUUUGAAAGUGCCCAAAAAAAUUGAAAUCAACUUUGCAGACUCCAGAUUUUUGAUGAUCAACUUGGAGAAGGUCAACGCGUUCUACCUCUUCAUGAAGGAGCACGGGAAGAAGUACAAGACGGAAGAGGAGAUGCAGCAGAGGUACCUCGCCUUUACGGAAAACUUGGCAAGGAUAAACUCGCACAACAGUAAGGCAAAUAUUCUCUACAAGAAGGGCACAAACCAGUACAGUGACAUAAGCUUUGAGGAGUUCAGAAAGACCAUGCUAACGUUGCGAUUUGACUUGAAGAAAAAACUAGCCAAUUCACCUUACGUGAGUAACUACGAUGAUGUGUUAAAGAAAUACAAACCCGCAGAUGCCGUGGUAGACAAUGAGAAAUAUGACUGGAGGGAACACAACGCAGUGAGCGAAAUAAAGAAUCAAAACUUAUGUGGCUCCUGUUGGGCCUUUGGAGCUGUAGGAGCUGUAGAGUCCCAAUACGCCAUCCGAAAAAAUCAACACGUAUUGAUAAGUGAACAAGAAUUGGUUGACUGCUCUGAUAAAAACUUUGGCUGCUUUGGUGGUUUAGCCUCCCUUGCAUUCGACGACAUGAUUGACUUGGGGUACCUCUGCUCGGAGAGUGACUACCCCUACGUUGGAUUCAAACCACGCAAAUGUGAAAUUAAAAAGUGCAAGGAAAAAUAUACCAUCAAAAGUUAUGUUAAAAUUCCAGAGGAGAAAUAUAAAGAGGCUAUUCAGUUCCUUGGCCCUCUCACCUUAGGACUCACUGUGAAUGAUGAUUUUUACGAUUACAAGGAGGGCAUCUUCUCUUCCGAAUGUACAGAAGAACCCAACCAUGAAGUCAUGAUCGUGGGUUAUGGUGUGGAGGAAAUGUUUAACAGCGAAUCCAAUGCUAGUGAGAAACACUACUACUACAUUAUUAAGAACUCCUGGGGGGAGAACUGGGGUGAAAAGGGAUUCAUGAGAAUUGAGACCGACGAGUUGGGUUUGCAGAAGACCAACAACAUGACCGAGGCGUACGUCCCCCUGCUUGACUAG